CCGCUCAGCACAUGAAGGCAGCUACAGUUCUUCUGGCUGCUGAUUGGCUUUGGUCACGUCGUAUGAGGAAGUCAGCAGCUGCAACAUCUACAGUGAACUUCCUAACAGGUUAGAAAGCGGAACAGGAGACGAUGCCAGGCAGAAGAGUGGUGGUGUUUGUCUCAGCAGCCGAGCUCGGCCCGGCUCUGGCCCAUCUCAUAGCGUCUCGGGCUGAGAAAGCACUCAGCAGUGGCGCGGCCUCUUUUUCUCUCGGCCUCUCUGGAGGAAGCCUGGUGUCCAUCCUGAGUAAGGAGCUGCCAGCGGUGCCGAACCUGGACUGCAGCCGGUGGCUGGUGGGCUUCUGUGAUGAGCGACUUGUUCCUUUCGAUGAUCCUGAGAGCACUUAUGGACUUUACAAGAACCAGUUGUUUACAAAAUUAAACAUUCCAGAAGAAAGGGUUUUGGCGAUUGAUCCUUCUUUACCGGUGCAGCAGUGUGCAGAGGAUUACGCCAGGAAACUGAGUAAGGCGUUGGACACGCAGCAGACGCCGGUGUUUGAUAUGUUGUUGCUUGGCAUGGGACCUGACGGACACACAUGCUCUCUCUUCCCAGAUCACCCAUUACUACAGGAAAAGCAGAAGACUGUAGCUCCUAUCAGUGACUCUCCUAAACCGCCACCUCAGAGGGUCACCCUCACGCUACCCGUGGUGAACGCGGCCCACUGUGUGGUGUUCGUGUCCACCGGAGGCAGCAAAGCCACCGUGCUCAAGCAAGUACUGGAGGGCGGAGACAGUCCGGUUCUGCCUGCAGCCCUCGUCGCUCCGACUCACGGCGAGCUCUUCUGGCUGGUGGAUGAACCAGCAGCGGCCUCAUUAAAACUUGAUGUGGAACGACCAGGACCUGGUGCUAAACUCUGAUCUCGACUGAUUUACAUUCCAUUAUUUACAUUUGAUUCAAUUUGCAACUUUACAAAUGCAGAAGUACAGUAACUACAGUAGAUAACAAGGCUUGACUAGCAAAUUAUUACAUUGAUGCCAGUACAUAUGAGGAAUAUGUUUGUGCUCAUUAA